GCCUAUGUGGCCAUCCUCUUGAUGACCGUCUACCUCAGUCUAGUUUUGUAGAGUGAGUAAUAGUAGCAUGUUAAAAAUCUAAGCAAUUAACAUUUUGAGACCCUUGGUAUACUGUGGUCCGUAGUUUUUAUUUACAUUAUGGCCAAUUUUUAGUCACUCUUAAUUCUGAAAAUGAGAAUCAGUUUCAACUUUUCUAGUUUAGCUCUUUUUAAUAACUUGUCCUUCAUUCCAAUUCCUAAAAGACACUUAGUAAGCGAUUAUCUUAAUUGGUGUUGAGUUCAACCCCGCCUCUCCCUCCCUUUAAAAAACCCUUAAAAAUCAAUAGUCUGAUAGACGCACCUUCAUGUAGAUGCCUUUAAAUAAAUGCAUGACUUGGAAUUCCACUUUAAUAACAAAUGAGAACAGUAGUCCUUAUUUCCUUUCACUGAUAUUUCCAAUUAAAUUUGCCAAAUUGUAGAUUCCAGUAUACCAAGGGUUGAAUGAUUGUGGUUUGUGUGAAAAGCCAAAAAUUCCUUUAGGUUAGGUGCCAGAGGGGCACUGGGCAUUUUAUUUUAUUCCAAGUUUUCUUGUUCAGCCUUGCUAUACUUUAUAGAAUUUCACUAAAUAAUAAACUCUUCUCUCUGUUAUUUGUGUGUGUGAUUUUUGUAGUGGAGAAGGCAAAUGCAAAGCCCUUCCAGAUGACUGAAAAACAGUGGGUCCUCUGCUGCUACAGGGGAUUCUAGACAAUAACUAAAGGCCAGCAAGCCCCGCUCAAGCCCCCCAGGUGUUUUCCUGGUGUCACCAAAUGUUAACCACAUUUUCUCUCUUUUUACAUUUUAGGCUGUUAAAGUAAUUGGACAGACAAAAGCAGGGUGGGGUGGAUCUUAACAGUGGGACGAGACAGCACUUUUACGGCCACUUUAUGAAACUUUGAAAAGGCAUAUUUUAGUCCAAAUGUUACCUUUACUUGGUUUAUUUCUCUAUAAACGUAGCACGUGGUUAAGAAAAAUCAGUGAAAUAUAGAAUUACAGGAAUUAGCUAAAUAUGUAUAAUCGCUGCUUUUAUUGACCACGCAUUUUAAAUUCUGCCAUUUUUUUUUUCUUUCAUGAACUGGUCAGGGCAACUAUCUUUUCGAUAACUGUCAUAUUUGUAAAAGGAAGAUACCUUAUAUCUCUCAGUAUCGACCUGAAAAUUUGUACCAUGCCUGCUAAUUGGGUAUCAAGGUAUCUAGUCCAGGAAACUUGAAAAGAUCGAUUUUGUUUUCCUAAAGAAAUCACCUUCAUUUUCCACCCCUGGCAAAGGCAUGCUAUGAUGGUAUAUCUGUCUCAGUACUAAAGAGUAAGAGCCUGGCUGUGAACAAUCUUCCCUGGGGUAGCGUGUGUUGGUUAAGCCAUUUCCUUUUUGUCAUUGUGCUUGUUUAGAGAAGAAGCCUGGCACCCAAAGAAAUCCAGGACGUGAGCCUGAUUGAUGGGUCUUGGUGCGGGUCUCUUUGGGGCAAAUGCCCAUAAAAUAAUUUGUAAGGACAUUUUAGUGAGGCUUUUCUAGAAAAAAGAAUCUUUUGUUGGCUAAGCCUUCUAUCAAAGUUUUUCUAAACUUUGAUAAAUAAAAUAGAGCGUACUGUAAGAGAGCAGCUUUUCAUGUACAAUUUAAAAGGGAACAUUGUCACUUUUUUAGAUGAGUUUUUGAAAGUGAAUUUUUCAGUCUAUUGGAUUAUGGAUGUUUUUCAUUUCAAAAACCUAUUCUUGGUGUAUUUCUCUUUAUGACGUGCGGUAUUAAUGUUGCCUGGCCCCAGGUGUCUCACUGCACAAAUACUCAUUCCCUCUCUCACAGUUCCACUCCAUUUUUAGCUCUUACCCUUUGGUGUUGGCUCUUGCUCAGUAGUGUUAGAAUUGUACACAGAGUCUGUGGGAAAGCCUAGCCUUAAUUUGAUAACAUUGUGAUAGAGUCAGAUUUGGAAGGAACUCUUUAAUAUUAAUGGAUUUGGGGAUUAUUUAGGUUCCUUGGUUAAUGUUUGUUUCUUUUGUCUGUUUCUUUUUCUUUCAUUUCUACACAUUCAUGCAGUAUUUCAUGGUUCUAUCAAAGCAGCAGUUAAAAAAAAACUCUUGACGCAUGAAAAUUAACUGGUGAGGGGCCUCAUUGCUAUUUUCAAAUUGUAGUUUUAUUUUUAAAUAGUUUUUUUUUUAAAUCAGAGGAUCGGAUGCAUGAUUUUUUUAAUGGAUGCAGAUCUUCUAUUAGGUGUCUCACAAUAAGUUAAAGAGGAUUUAUAUUUAGAUUGCCAGAAAUGUUGCAAUUGCACUAAUUUGAGAUAGAGAUGUUGAUAUUUUAUAUAUCCUCUUUCUGAGACAUAAUUUUGCAUGCAAAAUUAUCCCUUAAUCUCUGUAGGUAUGUUAAUAUAUUGAUGCAUUAAUUAGUGCCCAAUAUCCAAAUGAUCUUCUCCCCCCUUUCCCUCCAUAACUCUUGGUAUCUAAAUUGAUGACAGCUCUGACACAAGCCAGAUAACAGUGCUGUGUAUUAUACAUUUGUUUAUAUUAUCGGCACUCUCAGUAUAGGUGGAAGGAACCAUUACCUUUAUUUAACAGUGGUUUUUCUUUUUUGUUGUUGUGUUUUACAGUUCUUUUCCCUGGUUCAGCCUGAACUAUAUACCAGGCCCUGCUGAAAAUACCACCCAACAGUUUUCUUCUGCAGCUUAUCCAGUUUCUCUUAAGUGCCCUGUACAUAUUGUAUGUUUUAUGAUGAGAUGCAGUUUCUUAAUAUGUAUUACAGAAAUACUACUGGUAUUUGCAAAUAUGUAGUUAAAUUGUAUUAUUGAACUCUCAUUUUGGGGGCUUGGGCACAUUAACAGAUUAAUCCAUCUAUCUGUAUAGGGCUUUUGCUGUUGGAUAGGAUUAAAAUUGUCUACAUGAGUAUGUGUCUUAUCAUAGGACCCUUAUUAAUAUUUAUGCUGAAUACAUAGACUAGGCAUUUAAAAUGGACAAUACUUGUCUUUUGUGGCUUCAAGAGUUUGGGCCAAAGUUUGCUUUUUAACUGGCAAGAUGUAGCCGCAUUUUUUGGUACAGUUAGCAUGGCACGUAGUGGAACAGAAAGCAUUUUACUACGCAGGUAAGGAAUGUGCCAAAAUAUGUACCCUUCACGCACCCAGGGAAUAUUCCGUGAUCUUCAGAGACAUUCUUAAUCACUUUGAGUCAGCAAAAGCCCUACGCUUGAUUCAACAGAAAAUUUCCUUACAUACCUUUCUUCUCUUUAAUUUUGACAAAAUUUGUAUGGUAGGUGUAAAAAAAUCAUAGUGAACUGUACCAUAUUAUUAACCCCUAAAUCAAACUUUUUUUGUCUUGUGUAUCUUGAUUUUUCUGUGUGCUUUAUAGUGAAGCAGCCGACACGAGUCGUUGUUCAUAAAACAGCUUUUGAAAGUUGAGAGCACACCCCUGGAGAACCGACUGUGCUUGCUUACGUUUGGUUCAUGACUUAAAAAUCGAGUACAGGAGUUAUUCCUGAUGAGACUAAGGCUCUGUCUCUGUUGGCACCAGCUAAUGCAGUGGCAGGUCUUCUGCCUGGUGGUGGGCUUCUGCCUACUCCAAACCCCCUUACCCAGAUUGGUGCUGUUCCUCUGGCUGCUUUGGGGGCCCCUGCUCUGGACCCUGCCCUUGCUGCUCUCGGGCUUCCUGGAGCAAACUUGAACUCUCAGUCUCUUGCAGCAGAUCAAUUAUUGAAGCUGAUGAGUACUGUGGAUCCUAAGUUGAACCAUGUAGCUGCAGGCCUCGUUUCACCAAGUCUAAAAUCGGAUACCUCUAGUAAAGAAAUAGAGGAGGCAAUGAAAAGAGUCAGAGAAGCACAGUCACUGAUUUCUGCUGCAAUAGAGCCAGAUAAGAAAGAAGAAAAACGGAGGCAUUCAAGAUCAAGGUCACGUUCGAGGAGGAGAAGGACUCCUUCAUCUUCCAGGCAUAGACGAUCAAGAAGCAGAUCCAGAAGGAGAUCCCAUUCUAAGUCAAGAAGUAGGCGGCGCUCCAAAAGUCCCAGGCGGAGAAGAUCACAUUCUAGAGAGCGGGGCCGAAGAUCAAGGAGCACCUCCAAAACCCGAGACAAAAAGAAAGAAGAAAAAGAAAAGAAGCGUUCUAAAACGCCACCCAAAAGCUACAGCACCGCUCGGCGGUCACGGAGCACCAGCCGGGAGAGGCGGCGCAGAAGGAGCCGGAGUGGAACAAGGUCACCUAAAAAGCCCCGCUCUCCCAAGAGGAAACUUUCUCGGUCUCCCUCACCUAGGAGACAUAAAAAAGAGAAGAAGAAAGAUAAGGACAAAGAGAGGCGAGAUGAACGAGAGCGGUCGACCAGCAAGAAGAAGAAAAGCAAAGAGAAGGAAAAAGAACGGGAAAGAAAAUCGGAGAGCGAUAAAGACGUCAAACAGGUGACAAGAGACUACGAUGAAGAAGAACAAGGCUACGACAGCGAGAAAGAGAAGAAGGAAGAGAAGAAAGCCCCGGAAGUGGGCUCCCCCAAGGUGAAGGAGGCAUCUGUGGAGAAGGGCAGCGGGGAUUCCCUGAGAGAGUCCAAAGUGAAUGGGGACGACCACCACGAGGAGGACAUGGACAUGAGUGACUGAGGGGGCCGCGCCCUGCGGCUCAGCCGGCUGUGCACAUGCCUCAGUGGCAUUCCUUGUCCUGUUUGUUACCCCAAACCUAGAUGUAUCUAGCUCUGAGCUGUAAAUGGUUGUCCAUGGGACUGCGUAGCCAAGCAGCCCCACUGUGCUGAGGCUGCUGGUGGGCACAAGAGUGACCAGCUGCAUGCAUCUCCAGCAGGCAUGGAUUGUGGAUGUUGUAUGAUCUCCUCCUUUAUUAAAAUAAGCUCACGUAGACGAUUUCUAGAGUUUGAUUCCUUCAGUACUAGAGCCGUAUAGGGAAUGCACUGAUUGCAUGUUAAUUGUGGCAGGAGUACCCUCAAUGUUUCUUCAAGUCUACAUCAUAGAAUGGAGUCUGCUUAGGGCCUUCAGUGGGUCAACAUGACAAAAUUAACAUUCAUCGUUAACAUCGAAUUUCCUCAGAGCCUCAUGGCCGAUUUUUUUUCUGUGCGUUUGGUUUGGCUUUCAAAGGUUAAAAAUGCACUAGACUUUUUUUUUUUUUUAAGUUUCUCUCCCCCCCCCCCCCCGGGGGAAAAAAAAUCUUGGGUGGCAAAUAGCAUAUUUUGAAAUUGAGUUUUACAUUUUUCCAUAACAUCUACAUUGGGAGUUGAAAUUUCUUGUAAUAAUUUAUCAGUGCCCAUCUUUGAAACUUAACUUGUAUUGAUUUUCAUUCAUACUGUUGUACAGUUUUUGUUUUUCUUUUGGUUCUUAACUGUUUUGAACUCAAUGUUGGGGGGUGGGGAGGUAGUGCAUUUUUAAUUGAAAUUUGUAUGCUUUUAAAACAAGUCUCCUUGAUAAUGUCCUUUUUAUUUGAUCUCUCGAGUUGUAUAAACUAAUAAAUUUGUGUUAACUGUCCCUGCAGUAGUCAUCUCACGCACACAGCGACUCCAGGUUAUAUGCAUAGUCAGGCAAGCUGUUUUCUUAGUUACCCAGUUCGAGCUUUUGCUUUUGUGCAGAUAAACAGUCUGUGCCAUGUUGAUGUACAGUUUCUGAAAUUGUUUUACAGACUUUGAUAAUAAAACCCUGAAACUGAAGCUCGUGUUCCUGUAAAACUGUACUUGUAUUUAGUGAAACUUUUGAAUGUAUGGAAUUUACCUCAGUCAUCUAAGGAAUUUGAUUCUUUCUUCCAUGUAUUUAAGGAAGGUACCAGAUCACCAUGUUCAUCCCUGUCAUGCAUCGGGAAAUUCAGAUAAUUUUACAUGAGAAUUUUCUUUCUUUUGGCUCAUUUUUUUUCCUUUUGGGAGGUGGGAAGGUGUUGAGCUUGAAUGAACUGUAGUAUUUUUCUCCAUUUAGGAUAAAUCCCAUCUGUGUCAAGUACAUUUUCUAUUUUCAAUGGAAUCUAAACACUUGCCUUUUCCAGAAUGGUAUUAAAUGAUCAGUGUCAAGGGUUUAUGCCACUGAAGAAUUGUACUCUAAAUAUAUUUAUUAUUGAGUGGUUCCAUGCAUUUUGUUAAGGUGGGUGGCAGGGAAAUAAGACUUGGUUCUUUUAGAUUUUAACCAAGUCUCAAUCUAAAAUUGUUUUUAACUGCCUUUUUGUCACAGGCAUUUUACAGUUUGCCAUAUACGAAAGCAGCAUCAUUUUUAAGAGUUUAUAGAAUGUAACUUUUAUAAAAAAAAAAAAAGGAAUUUUGCCUAUAUAGUAUAUAUUAAGUUAGUAAGUUGGUAAAUUAAGGGUCCUGAGUAAUCACUGCUUUUGAAAAUAGAUCAAACUGUUUGGGAGAUAUUUAUUUGGCUUUCUAAGGUGAAGACUUUCAGUCUUAUUCUUGGGGGGGGGGGGGAGAAGGUCCAUCCAGAAACACUUACCACAUCCAGUGAAAGAAAGAAAAAUGGAGCCAUCAGCUCCUUGGCUUCAAACCCUGGCCUAUGGUUUUGCCGUGUGCAGCAGCAACAAAGAGGGAUCUCUCUAGUGAGCUGGUUAUCAGGACACAGUGGGGGCUGCAAUGGGACUCAAACUUGCUGGCAUUGUAAAUACUGGUUCAGAUAGCCAGGUGAAAUCAAGUUAAAAUGCCUCCACACUGAGUUCUGUAUUUGGUAGUGAAAAGAAAACAGAUUUAAAUAAUAAACUGGCUUUAUUAGAAAAA